AUGGUAAUGAAGAAUCCUUCAAAAUAAAAGCAUGUAUUUCAAAACAUUGCAAUGUGGAUAACUCAUUCAAAAGAAAUGACAUGUUUAUUGUGCUUAUAAGCAAAUGCAAGAAGGAAUUUAUGGAAACAAUUACAAAUAUGCUUCUAAAAAACAUUUUAAAGACCACUAUGGAAAAAUACAAUGUUCAGACUGGUAUGUUCACAAUAUUGGGCUCUAGAGAAAAAACGAUUCUAUGUGCCAAGGUAAAAGUGGGGUUGGGAAUAAUCAGUAGGGUCUGUAGAAUCUAUAUAUGGUGUUAUUUCAUGGGGGACGGAGGUCUAAAUACCCAGCAAUAUUUUUAGUGUCUGUAAAAUUAAUUAUGCGAGACAUGGCAGUGGAAACGCUUUUAUGUGCAAAAUUGAUAUAAUAACCAUCAUAUCGAAAACUGGAGUCACGUGAUGACAUGAUGUGUGGUCCUCCCACUUCGACUCAGGAAAGCACAAUGUUUAUUAGGCUACAGAUUAAAUAAGCUAUGAUGAACUUCACAGGGUGGUGAAAGUGCAAGGUGAUGAGCUUGAUGCUCCGUUCAAAUAAAUAUCGAGGGUCUUCUUCUGGUUACAUGAUGAUCGAUGCUUGGCUGCCGUUUGACAAAUUAAAAUAAUCUGCGAACAGUUGUCUGGACUUCACAGAAACAUGAACAUUCACACAGUUGCAUUGGAUUUUCUACAAACCGAUUUGAUAUCAAUAUUGAAUCGAAAAAAUGCAACUGAUAUCGAUUUAGAUUUCAUUAUCGGUGCCCACACUCAUUUAAUGGAUUUAUUCUAUGAGUGAUUGAAAUGACUGAAUUGUAUCAUAGUGUGUGUUAGACCAGGUGGUUCACAACCUUUUCGCUUACUGUACCACCAACUGAAUUUAGCUCUGCCUGAAGUACCCCCUUUUGUGCAUUUUACCAGUAAGCCUUUGGUCUCAUUGGUCUUCUCAAGUACCCCCCCAGCCCCCACCGUGGAUAGGCCAAGUCCCCUGAGGGGUCCUAGUACCCAUGGUUGAGAACCACUGUGUUGGACCGUGAAUUAACUGACACAUUUGAUGAAAUUUCAGACCCACAUUUCACAACACAGGUAAUCAACUUUUUAUAUAUAGCCCAAAAUGUAUUUGGGCUUUCAAAUACAGAGUAUUGCAUUGUGGCCAAUGUAAUUAGAUUUAGAUUUUUGUCAUUUAGCAGACGCUCUUAUCCAGAGCGACUUACAGUUAGCGAGUGCAUACAUUUUUUUUCUCCAUACUGGCCCCCCGUGGGAAUCGAAUCCACAACCCUGGCAUUGCAAGGGCCAUGCUCUACCAACUGAGCUACAGGAGAAUGGGUUGAGUAUAAAGUCUUUCUGGGUAUACAGACCUCAGUCCCCCAUGAAAUAACACCAUUCAUAGAUUUUACAGAUCCUAGUGAGUAAUUACAACCCCACUUUUACUUUAGCACCUAGAAUAGUUUUCUCUCUAUAAGACAAUAUGUAUUUCAUGUAGUGUAUUGCAUUGGAUACAUUUAUUUGACCUUGGAACUUGUUUUAAAAACCAAAUUUAAUGUAAAUGUCAAUUAAAUAUGAACAAAUAUGAAUCACUGUUAAUGUUUAAAGAAUACUUGUUCAUAUAUACUAUUACGUGGGGGACUUUUACUUUGAAUAUUUCUACAUUCCGUGACCUGGAAGUACUUUUUAGUGUUGCUGAUGAGACGCUGGUGUAAGAAACAUAUUUCUCCGUUUCAUCUUUAAAGCGACAUAAUGUCUAUUAAAUUGAAUGCGCUAUUAAGCGACUCCUAUGUUGACGUAAGCCAAUACAGAGACCAACAUUUUAAGGUAAGGAAUGGUUAAAAUCGAUCGGGAAUCAAUUAGUAGAAUAGUUUUGCUAGCUAACGUUAGCUAUCUUUUGUGUGUUAUAGCGCGCUAUCAAGCGAACGGUAGCUUGCAACGUGCUGUCUUUUAUUUCAGCCAAACGUUGUUAAUGAUUUACCUGUGUCUUUCAAAACAUGGAUAUUAUAUUUAAGGAUGUUUGCCUCCUAGGAAUGGGUCAAAGAGUGUUUUCAUAGUGACUAACCUGUAAUUAGUUACAGUUUACAGAACAAAUCAAACUGACCUCUAAUCAGACUGGUCUAAGAGACUAGACAUAACAUAGUAAACGUAAAUCCGAGAUGUUGAAAUUAGUAUGAUAUCUUAUGUUUGGUAUGGUUACAUAAAGACGGAAUCUUACUUAAAAACGUAUAUUAUACUGCAAACGUCUAACAACCCAAAGGUUGUGUGUUCGAAUCUCAUCACGGACAACUUUAACAUUUUAGUUAAUUAGCAACUUUGCAACUACUUACUACUUUUUAGCAAUUUAGAACGUUAGCUAAUCCUUCCACUAACCCAAACCUUAACCCCUGACCCGUUUGCAAAAUCGUAACAUAUUGUAUGAAUUUCAAUUCGAAACAUAUCAUACAAAUGGAUGAUGGAGAUCCACAAAUUAAAACAUACCAUAUGAAACGUAAUAUAUCAUACGAAAUGUAGUGCCACGAAUUUACCUACAGAAUAAUAAGAAAUGCUCUGAGACCAUGUUGCAACAGCAUUACCCAUGUCAGUGUAAAUGAGUUGUGAAUAAUACUAACAGCUAAUGUUAGUUAGUGUAUUUGGCUCCCUGGCUGUGCAGUUACUAGACUCUUCUAAAGAUGUUCUCCCCUCUCCAUUCUCCAGGGCAAUCGAUAUGAGCAAGAGAAACUUCUGAAACAGGCUAACACACUCUACGUGGGCAACCUGUCCUUUUACACCACAGAAGAACAAGUGUACGAGCUCUUCUCCAAGAGUGGGGAUGUAAAGAGAAUCAUCAUCGGCCUGGAUAAGGUGAAGAAGACGGCGUGCGGCUUCUGCUUCGUCGAGUAUCCUUUUUUUUUUUACUUGUGGAUGUUGUGUUUUGGUUCAACAUUUAAUCCUAUACCCAUACACUUAGGGCUCCCGGAUCCAGAUUAAAACUAGUCCUAGACUAAAAAGGAUCCAGAUUAAAACUAGUCCUACACUAAAAAGGACCCAGAUUAAGCCUAGUCCUAGUCUAAAAAUCACACUCGGUGGAGAUUGACCAUUGGAAGUCCAUUUUAGUCCAAUAGUAGGCUUAAUCUGUGUUCCUGGAAACCGGCACAUUGACCACUAGAGCACCUUAACCCCUGUGCCAGGUACUACACGCGUACAGAUGCAGAAAAUGCUAUGAGGUUUGUCAACGGGACACGUCUGGAUGACCGCAUCAUCAGAACUGACUGGGACGCUGGUUUCAAAGAGGGCAGGCAGUAUGGCCGUGGCAAGUCCGGUGGUCAGGUAAAUUUACAGAAGAAAAAUGCAUGCUUACUACAUCAGAGACAACUGUGCACAUCAAUGGUUGUAUAUUAGCUAGCUGUCUCUGGUUUUUUAUUUCUAUUGGAAUUGAUAGUUUUCACAAAAUUGUAGUUUUCAUUAAAGUGAUACCGUUAACUGGUUGAUAUUGUUUGGAUGAGAACUUUAAAAGUUACAUAUAACACUGUAACAAUGCUGUAUUAUCAACUGGACAAACAUGUUCAAUGUUAAUGGGUCAUGUAAUUGUGACCAUGUUGUCUCACCGUUCGGAGACUUUCUAGGAUCUAUCAUGAGGAGACAGAACUCACGGUCGAAUGUGAACUAUGCCACUCCCUAAUAGACCAAAAAACUUAACAGGGUCUGUGGCAAAACAAACAAGUGAGUCUCUUUUUCUCCUCAGGUCAGAGACGAAUACAGACAAGAUUAUGACCCAGCCCGGGGGGGCUAUGGGAAAGUCGUCUCACGACCAUAAAACCGUGUCCUAUGCUGUUUCUUUGGGGAGGGCUAUGGAAAACUAGUGUCAUGAGCCUGAGUCAACAUGUUAUCUGCUGUUUUUUUGCCUUUUUCCAGGUCAGAGAUGAAUAUAGACAAGAUUAUGACCCUGCUCGAGGUGGAUAUGGGAAAUUAGCUCAGCUGCAGAGACCUCCCGAGGCACAGAACAGUUUUUAGUUUGGUGAAUUUGAUCUGGGUUCAAUUUGGGAACCAAACAAGACUGUAGACGUCUGCCAGGGUUGUCUAUUUCUCUUAUGACUAGUUUAUUUAGGAAGAAGUCUUCUGUGAAGUAUUUUUCAGUUAGCCAUAGUUCCAACAGUCAUUUUGAGCAGUGUAAAACUCGUCUAGAGAAGAAUAAACUUGCUCAGAUUGAAGGUUGCAGUCCAUACACGUUUACAAAUGUAAUUGUCUCCUAAACUGUAUACUUUUAAAAAAUAAAUAUAAAAAUGUAAAAAAAA